AUCAUUAUAAAGCAAUUGACUUGCAAACAAUUAACUGCAAACUACGCUUUGAGAAAGGAUACUUAAGACUGAGUUGAGAUAAAAAUGAAAUUAUACUUUAUUUUUGUUACUUUUGCCGUCGUAGUUGCUCUUGGUCAUGGCUCAAAAUUGCCUGCUGAGAAUUCAGCUGGACGAGCUAGUAAUGGAGUGGAAAGUGCGGUUAACGCUUCUGAAAAUAUUGUGAAUGGAGCAGUGGAUGAGGCUAAUGCUGCUAUCGACGAGACUGGCGAUGUGUUGGCUGGUGUGGCUAGUAGUGCUACCAAUACUUUAAAUCAAGUUACAGGAACAUUAGAUGGAGUGUUGAGUAAAGCGCUUGGUACCGUGGAAACACUUUUCAAUCAAAUCAAAAAGUUGAUUGGAGGACUAACGACAAGAGACGUUGCACGUUCCUUAACUGAAAACAUCGUUGAUGUAGAAUCAGAUAGUGCAAGUGUAGAAUUAGGCUCUGCUUUAGAAGCUGUUGAUCAACUCUUAGAACAGCUAAAGACGAUUUCCUCAUUAAAUGAACUGAUAAAAGCUGUAAAAAAGACAACCGAUGUUACUGCUAACACUGAGAAAGAUAACGAUAUAUUAGCUGCAAAAGAUCGGACCUCCAAAGUAGGAGAAGAACCUAAAAAUGAAAUUGAAGAUUAACGAAAAUAAAAAAUGAACGAAAUAUUUAAAACCGAAAUUUAAGAUAUAUAUAAAGUCAAAGCGGAUCGGAAGAGAAAUCCACUAAAAACCCUAAUGACACAUAUGAAGGCUAUUAAACUUGUCAACAUUUAGCUAUUAAAAUAGUUACUAAGAGUAAA